UCUGACACACAGGAUGACUAGUCUACACAUGAGAUGCUAUCAACAGAGAAGGAAUUAUACAAUAACCCAACUGUUUCUCAUAUUUUUACUGAUGUUUAAAACAGGUAAGGCUGCUAAAAUCAACCAGAGCGAUGUCUUAAAGACUUUCCUGGCUGGAGACAGAGUUCAUUUGGAAUGCCUCACGUCAGAAGAAGAUGGCAACUACUACAACUGGAUCAAGAUAAUAAUAGGACAAGCCCCAGUAUUAAUUCUGUCUCUUUACACUCACUCCAAAACUGCAAAGUUCUUUGGAGAGUUUAACGACAACCCCCGGUAUAUGGCAAUGAAGAAUGGAACCAGUUUUGUGCUGACUAUUUCAGAUGCUAGACCAUCGGAUAUGGGGAUGUAUUACUGUGCUACACGCGAUUACGAUGCCAUGAUCUUCGGGAAGGGUGUGUUUCUGAUGUAUGGGGAUGUAGAUUCCAGGAACCAGCAUCUUACUCAGCAGUCUGUGUCUGAGUCUGUCCAGCCAGGAGACUCUGUGACUUUGAACUGUACAAUACACACUAAGACCUGUUCAGGAGAUCACAGUGUCUAUUGGUUCAGACAUAGUUCAGGAGAAUCCCAUCCAGGAAUCAUUUACACCCAUGGAGACGGGAGUGAUCAGUGUGAGAAGAGCCCUGAGCCUGGGUCUCCUACACAGAGCUGUGUCUACAACCUCCCCAAGAGGAAACUCAGCCUCUCUGAUGCUGGGACUUACUAUUGUGCUGUGGCCUCAUGUGGAGAAAUACUGUUUGGGAAUGGGACCAAGCUGGAUGUUGGAGGCCCUGUUGAUCUGGUGGACCCCAUGCUCCUGGCUCUAAUCGUAUCCAACAUCUUGAGCUUGAUCGCAGUCGUUGUCCUCAUCUGUGUGAGAAGGAAGAAAGGUUUGCCUCAACAUCCUCAAAGUGGUGUUACAGCCCCUUCCUGUCCUGACAAGGAGAGAGAUGAGGGAGAGGAGCUGAACUAUGCUGCCAUGAGUUUCUCCUCGAGGAAGACCAAGAGGAGAGCAGAACCAGAGAGACAGACCAGAGCAACGGACAUGAAUGUGGUUUACUCUGGAGUGAAAGGUCAUCAUGAGUGGAACUGGGAUUCAUGAUUUAUAAUGCAAUAGUUUUAUAAUGCAACUUAGAGUGAAUUGUAAAAGUAAUAUGCUGUGAACAUAAUUAACAGAAAUUCUGCUAAAUAUUUUAAUAAACUUGAAAAUAUAUCUAUAUUUAA